UUUUCUGGCCUUGGUGUUCGAUGAACGCGAGGUGCAGAAUUAUCGGACGAAUUUAUUAUCACGUUGCUGCACGAAAUGACGAUCAUAUCCUCAUAGUGUAACGCCAAAGGUAGCCGGUUGGGGAAAACCGGGUUUUUUCGGUUUAAUAAAACCGCCACCGGCAAAUUUAAAAAUCCAUCUCUCGCCGUCGUCUUCGUAGAUUCGAUUCGCCGCUGCUCGAUGAAAACGGCAGCGAUAAUGUUCCUUCCCCGCGUGAACAUUACUCGCUUCCCUGCACGCGUAACGUCUCGUCGUCUCUUCUCCGCCUCCUCUGGGGACUCUCUUCGGCAAUACAUCACUGAGAAACCACCGAUCAAACCGUGGCCGCAGAGGCUAUUCCCAAAGCGGUUAGUCUCAAUGAUCACCCAACAGCAAAACAUCGAUCUCGCUCUCCAGAUAUUUCUCUACGCCGGUAAAUCCCACCCCGGGUUUACACAUAAUUACGAUACUUACCACUCGAUUCUCUUCAAACUAUCCCGUGCUCGUGCUUUCGAUCCCGUGGAGUCUCUCAUGGCGGAUCUUCGGAACUCAUACCCGACGAUCAGAUGCGGCGAGAAUCUAUUCAUCGAUUUGCUUCGAAACUACGGUCUCGCGGGUCGGUACGAAGCUUCUGUGAGGAUCUUUCUUCGAAUCCCUGAUUUUGGUGUGAAACGCUCCGUUAGAUCGUUAAACACACUCUUAAACGUUUUGAUACAGAAUCAGAGAUUUGAUUUGGUUUAUGCCAUGUUUAAGAACAGUAAGGAGUCUUUUGGAAUCACUCCCAACAUCUUCACUUGUAAUCUAUUAGUCAAAGCUCUCUGCAAGAAAAAUGAUAUAGAAAGUGCAUAUAAAGUGCUCGACGAAAUUCCCGCCAUGGGUUUGGUGGCAAAUUUGGUGACUUACACUACGAUUUUAGGUGGGUACGUUGCUAGAGGUGAUAUGGAAGCGGGUAAGAGGGUUUUGGGUGAGAUGUUGGAUCGUGGUUGGUAUCCCGAUGCGACUACUUACACUGUUCUCAUGGAUGGUUACUGUAAGCUAGGGAGAUUCUCUGAGGCGGCUAUGGUGAUGGAUGACAUGGAAAAGAACGAGAUUGAGCCGAAUGAAGUGACGUAUGGAGUUAUGAUCCGAGGUUUAUGUAAGGAGAAGAAAUCAGGGGAAGCACGUAACAUGUUCGAUGAAAUGCUCGAUAGAGGUUUCAUGCCAGAUUCUUCUCUUUGUUGUAAAGUUAUUGACGCGUUGUGUGAAGAUCACAAGGUAGAUGAAGCUUGUGCUCUGUGGAGAAAAAUGUUGAAGAACAAUUGUAUGCCUGAUAAUGCUCUUCUGAGUACUCUCAUCCAUUGGCUUUGCAAAGAAGGGAGAGUUUCAGAAGCAAGGAGAUUGUUCGACGAGUUUGAGAAAGGUUCGAUCCCUAGUCUCUUGACGUACAACACGUUGAUUUCUGGUAUGUGUGAGAAGGGCGAGUUGACAGAGGCGGGUCGUUUAUGGGACGAUAUGGUUGAGAGGAAAUGCAAGCCGAAUGCUUUCACAUAUAACGUUUUGAUUGAAGGCUUGUCCAAGAACGGAAAUGUUAAGGAAAGUGUUAGGGUACUUGAAGAGAUGCUGGAGAAUGGUUGUUUUCCAAACAGAACAACGUUCUUGAUUUUGUUCGAAGGGUUGCAGGAGUUAGGGAAAGAAGAGGAUGCGAUUAAGAUUGUCUCAAUGGCUGUUAUGAGCGGUAAAGUCGAUAAAGAAUCUUGGGAACUUUUCUUGAAGAAGUUUGCCGGUGAACUGGAUAAAGGGGUUUUGGUUCUUAAAGAGUUGUUGCAUGAAAUAUCUGUCUCUUGAAGAACCAAGACUAUGAUCAAUAUUACUCAGUGCUCAAAGGGCUAUCGACGUCUUCAAGGGCCAAUGGCUCUUGUGGCAGAUAAAGGUAUAAGGCAAGGGAAGCAGCAACCCGAGAGUCGAGGCCUUAAGACUCGGCAUCCAUGUUCUGAUCCAAGUUAUCUUGACAAUAGCUGACUUUUGAUGGGAGGAAAGAUGGAGACUUGCAAAGAAGAAGAGAUCUCCAAAUUGACAAUUGAUCAUUUAUUAAAUGAAUUUUGAGUGUAACGUAGAUACUACUGCACUAUGUAAGCUAACAAGUGGAAACUAUGAUUUCUGGUGAGGUGGGUGUCGAAAGAGAGUUUGAUAGUGUAAGCUGAAGAUAAUAUAGACGAAACCAAGUUGGAUCAUGGAAAUAGCUCAAGUGAUCAAUACCGACCCCGUUAGAGAUACAUAUCAAUGUUGUGUAGAGCAAGAGUCCAUCGGUGGAGUGACACAGCUGAGACACUCCCCCGUAGUUCUUGAUGGUGUUUGCCUUGGCGUCAUAGCCACGUCGAUGAUAGCUUGACCAAAAACUUGGUCUGACCGAAUAUUUCGCAUCUGCACUUUACUAUUGUUUUCGUUUAGAUGGGUUUGUCCGAGGUCGAUCAUACGAAUCUGGGCCUCGACGUAUUUCCAUCUUUGAGACAGAAAAUUAAACUAUAUCAUCCAUAAGUUUCCACGGUUUCCAAAUAAGUCAAGACAAGAUUGUUGGAUCCGUGAGUUAAGGUGGAAGCAAUGGGGUUUAAGAUUUGGAUUUAGAAAGUGUAGUUUUGUAGAGAGAAAGGCACGAUCUGAAGAUCACUAGUGGUCCAGUAGAUGAAUCCAUUGAACGUGAACUUGAGAAGAGAGUUGUAGAAGAGAGAUAGUCCCAUGGUCUAAGCAACCUUCUCUUGACACAUUUUAAAGAUCUAAUGCAAGAUUUUGCUAAAAUAUGACUAGAUUUAUCUACUCAUGUUCAUGUAUUCAAAUUUAGAUCCUUCCUUGUUUUUAUCUUUUUUUGGCAAGGGAUGUUCAUUGU